AUGGUUUGUUUAGCUUCCGUUUAUGAAAAAUGGCUGAUGAUGGAAGACAAGUCAUGGCAUUUUGAGAUGGAUAAAGGAAAAGGAGGUGAAGACUGGUCCACACGGCUUAGCGCAGCAGCGCCCAAAACUGCGCGCACCGACCGACCGAGGAACUAUCAUCCUACGAUCGACCUGUGCAGAACACGACAUCCGUCCCGUCUAGUGCACGGACGAGCGCUCGUAUCGACCCGGGAAGCAUCCCCCCGUGGUCGACCCAUUAUAGUCCCACGACUAUGUGCCGUGCACAACCGCACCGCGCGAACCGGGAAGCAUCGUCCCGUGUUUGUCCCAACCGCGCACCACGACCCGUGUCCCACCGUCCGACCAGGAAGACACCUUCCCGCGUCUGGCCAGAACGUUCAACCAAUAUCAUCCGCCCGGCCGAACCCGACGACUGAACGAGAAUUCCCUCCGCCACGAUCAACCCGAUCGUACUGA